CGGUUUUGAGGUCAGGUGAAACGUGAGGAAGGGUACAUCCGGCACCAUGUCGCACUCCGUCGUGAUCACGCGGACAACCACCACCACCACCAGCACGUCGCACGUCGUGCUGAACACAGGCUACCUCCGCACCACGCCCGGUCUGCUCAAGCUCGCCCAGCUGAUCAUCGGCGCCGUCAAUGUUGGCAUCGUGGCGUACUACAUCCGGCACUACCCGAGCUCGGGACUGGCCGCUUCCCCCGAGCUGUUCUUCCUGCUGAUGGCGGUCGCCUUCCUGAUCGGGACGUUCUGCCUGCUCGCCUCCUGCCUGGUCUCGCUCAGCACCGGCGGCAUCAUCUCGAAGACGAUCUACGAGCUGAUCUACCACACCAUCGCCUUCCUGCUCUACCUCAUCGCGUCCAUCAUCCUGCUGGUGGACGUCACCAACGGGCGCUACUACCGGGCGAUGAAGGACGCCUACAUGGCCGCCUCGAUCCUGGGACUGAUCGUGUCCUCGCUCUACCUCUUCAGCGCCCUCCUGGCGCAACGUUCCUACCGAGGCAUCUAAGUGUGGCCACCUUGACCAGCUGACCAACGCCAGUCGUCCUCCAGUCUUCCUCGAACGCC